AUGGAUAACCGCGGGUCCUUCUUCUUCUUCCUGUUCGUCUUCUACUUGCUCCUGAGCUCUCAGUCGCGCCCUCCCUUGAUUGAUGAGGACCGAGAGCGCCAGCGCGAGCUCGAUCGCGAGCGCCAUGCGCUGCGUCUGCUGAACGAGUCGACAUAUGGGGACUUUGAUCCGCUGGCGGAUCGAUGGCUUCCAUUUGAAGGAGUCAGGAAGAACGACAGUUAUGCCUGGGAUAUUUUUCCGCAUGUGCAGGAUCGCGCGCGCGAGCAGCUGCGCUCUGCCCUCUCGAAUGCCGGACUGGAGCCCCCAAUAGACCUGCGCGGGGACUGGGUACGGCGGACACAGGAUGCAACUCGCCAUGGUUCUCUCAAUACGACUGCCAUCGCGCUCGAGCACGAGUAUUUUACCCAUGAGUUCGGUUCGAACAUCACCGGGAAUCAUGGCACCUUCUACUUCACUUUGGAGGAGUCCGGGGAAGAAGAGCUUCGAAUCGGCAGUGGCGUUGCCCGAGAAAUCCGAGCAAACCUAGCCGUUGAAAGCGACGACUUCUGGGGAAACACCAGGUACAUGUCGCUCUUUGGUGUGCAUUUCCCGGAGACUGGAGGAAUCAUGUUGAGCACUUCAAGUGAAAAGUUCGGCGGGGUCUUCUCAUUGCCGCAUUUCGCGCUUUCCCCAGACACCUAUGAGCUGUCUCACCGACUCCUGCUCAAGUCGCUUUCGGAUACCGUAUCCGAAAAGCAGAAUCGUCCCGCGACUCUGUUUCCCUGGUCUUCUCUGGCUGGAACUGAGCAGGUCGAGUUUCCUGCGCCAAGAUGUGAGCAUAUAAUCUAUAUGCAGCAACACCCCGUCCUGGUUGGUGACGAUGUUGCAGACCGUCCGCUGCUCGAGCAAAUGGAGCGUGAGCUGCGCUACCCAAUGGGAGCACCCAUUCCGCAUCCUCCUCUCAUGGUCAUGUCGGCCAUUGUCUUCUCGCCAGAUUGCGGCUAUAUACUCGAGACAAAGGGGGCACCGGAAUUUCCUCCUUCGGAAACAUUGUAUCUGACCGGGCCGAAACAUGAGGAGUACAGUAAAUAUGCGGCUCGUCUCAUUUUCGUGGUCUCUGCUGUGUUUGUUGGACAAAUCACUCUUCUUUUGCGCCAGAUUAAGGAAGCCUCCACUCCGUCCACGCGGAGCCGUGUCAGCUUCUAUACCAUUGCCUUGAUGGCGUUGGGAGAUGCUUUUGUUCUCAUCUUCAUCGUCCUGGAGCUUUAUGCAGCAGUCUCCUUCUUGGUUCUGGCGACUGCGUCCUUUUUGGCUUUUCUUUCCGUCAGCUACAUCGGGAUGAGGUUCAUGAUGGAGAUAUGGGCGGUACAGGAGCCGGAGAGACGCGAGUCGGAGCGUCCGGUGAUCCCGCCUCCACCAGCUGUACGUCCUGGAACACUGCCAUUGCCUGUAACGGCCCCAGACAGGCCUCCUACCCCCAUUAUUAUAGCACCCGAUCAAGAUCCCCCUGCCGAAGAACUGGAUCCGUCACCGCCGCCGCCUACCCCCGCUCGCCCGGCUGCCCCGGGUCCAAGACAAAUGCGGGCCGACGUGGGCGCCAUGUACGCGCGGUUUUAUUUUGCAUUGUUUGGCAUGCUGAUCCUAUCCUUCUGGGCCUUUCUCUUGCCAAGACGACUUGGGUCGAUGUAUGUACGCCUGUUGGCGUCGGUCUAUCUCUCCUUCUGGGUGCCACAGAUCCAUCGAAAUGUCAUGCGAAACUGCCGCAAAGCACUCCGGUGGGAUUUCGUGAUCGGCCAGAGUAUUCUACGGCUUUUCCCGUUCUUGUACUUCCUCACAGCCCGUGGAAACGUGUUGUUCAUCCGGCCCGACUGGACCACCGCUUUCACCAUGACAGGUUGGAUGUGGAUACAGGCUUGGGUUUUGGCUAGCCAGGAUAUUCUAGGUCCGCGCUUUUUCGUUCCCCGUGGGUGGGCUCCGCCGGCAUACGAUUACCACCCCACGCUGCGCGACACGACUGGUGCGGACGAGGACCUUGAGGCGGGCGGUGGUGGUGAGACUCUGUCCAUCACGUCCCUCCGGGCUGAUGAACGGGAUUUGGUCAGUGACUUCAAGGAUGAUGACAAGCUGCGGCCCCGCGACCGGAAGAAGGCCAUGUUCGACUGUGCCAUCUGCAUGCAGGAUAUCGAGGUCCCUGUCCUCCCGGCGCUUUCAGCUGGUGCUGGCAGUAGCGUCACCGAUGGAGCUACCAGUAUUCUCAGCCGUCGCACUUACAUGGUGACACCCUGUCGGCAUAUCUUCCACACGGCCUGUCUUGAAAGCUGGAUGCGACUUCGUUUGCAGUGUCCCAUUUGUCGGGAAUCCAUUCCUCCUGUAUAA